ACUGCGUUAUAAACCUCAGGCCCUCAAUCCAAGUUGCCAGAUUAAGUAAUUUAAUUACAUUUAACCUCAUCAUGUCAGUAUUUAAUUUAAUUUCCGCUGAUUCUGUAUAAUUAGCGUUUAUUAUCCUUUUUAGUUUAAAGGUUUUAAAGCACUUAUGAUUAAUAAAGCGGAUAGAGUGUAGGACAUCUGCUUUAUAACCAUCAGAGGUUUUACAAUUCAUGUUUAUAAAGGGCGGAUAAACACAUCCUGUAAAUCUGGCAACUCUGAACCUGCUGGAAGAUGGAGGGGAGCGCGAGACACAUAGAGACCGGAAGUACAGCUAAAGUGAUGACAUCAUCACCAGUUUCUGAAAAGAAACAUCAGAGAAAUGGCCACGCCUCUCCAGCUCACCAGGCAGCCAAUCAGAGCAGCCCGACUGCUGGUAAACAGACUGAGAUGUUGACUCCGCCCUCUGUGUCGGAGAAGAAGACUGUGACCAAUGGGAGUGCUUCACCUGUUCGCCAUCCGGCCAAUAGCAGCACAAACCAGACAGGUGUGGAGUGUCUCCUCAAAACAGAUGACAGGAUGCGAUUGGCCAGAGAGAGACGGGAGGAGAGAGAGCGGAGUCUGGCGAUGAGAGAGCAGGCUCUGAUGGAGAAGGAGCGGCGUGCUCGUCUGCAGUACGAGAGGACGAGGGAGGAGAGGUGGAGACGUCUGGAGGAGCAGAGGCAGAAGGAGGAGCAGCGCAGAGCCGCUGUGGAGGAGAAGAGGAGGCAGCAGCUCGAGGAGGAAAAGGAGCGUCUGGAGGCUUUGAUGAGAAAAUCAAUGGAGCGAAGUCUUCAACUGGAGAACAGAAACAAGCGAGGGACCUGGGGGAUCAACGGACAGAUCCAUCACAGUCACAUGACCUCUGUGGACAACCUGACACUCCAUCGUCUCUGUACGCACACACACUCCUCACUCGCUCGCUGCAGCAGUGAUGCUGAACUGCGUGUCCUCUGUCCACGGUGCACAGUUCCCUCCAGUCCUCACAGGUCACUGUACUCUGCGUCACCGAGCCGUCGCCGUGCCAACGCUGUUGCUAUGGAGAUGAGCGGGACAAAUUCAGCUCCAAAUACCCCGAAGAAGGAAAGGUUGCGCACAGAGAGAAGGACGCCGACUGGAUCACCUGUGAGACGAGCUCACUCUCCUGCUGAUGUCAUCCGGCGCACUGCCUCGCCAAAGUUGAUUCCCAGGAGUCAUAAUCAGUCCCCUGUCCCACUCCAUCAUUACCCUCCGUCCCCUAACAAGCAAGCCCAAGAGUUCAAAGGUCAUGACCCUGCAGAUAAAAAGCCGCUGAAUGAGACUGAGGUCAGCACAGGGCGCGCAAGCGGAACCUGUAAGGGAGAGAACUCGAAACCUGCAGAUGGGAGCGCAGACGGGAGAGCGGAACCCUCACCUCUGAUACCUCUGACCUCUGGAAAGCUCGUUGCCGGGACAACCGAUGGGGACGAGGUUUCUCGGGUGUUGGCGGAACGACGACGUCUCAGUCGAAUACAGAAGGAGCAGGAGGAAAGGGAGAGGCUGAAAGCUGAACAGCUGAGGAAGCAGGAGGAAAAAGAGAUAAAGGAGGAGGAGAAGAAGAAAAGAGCAGAUGAGGAGAAGGAACUGCAGGAGAAACAGGAAGUGAUGCGAGAGCUGAUGAAGCAGCAGGAGGAGCAUGAGCGACAGCAGAGGAAAAAGAGAAUUGAGGAGAUCAUGAAGAGGACGCGGCGGAGCGAUGAAGAAGUGAAGAAAGACGACGGUCAGGAGCCUUACUUCCCUCUGUCACACACACACUCACACACACUGUCUCUGCCCGGUGAAGUCCAGGUGAACUCAAAGGUAAAUGGUGAAGUGAAAGCCCCGCCCACCGGUGCACAGGUGAAGCCACACACACCUGAACGCGUCAUCAAGCAGCAUGAGAGUGCAGAGAAGAGUUCACACACACCUGCACAAGUGCUGCACAACACUCCAUCAUUAAACUCUCCUGAUCAUAGAGGAGCAACUGUGAGAGCGGACAUGGCUCCGGCGACGCCUCACAGAAGCUCACCUGUCAGAGAGGAACAGAGCACUCAGGUGAGGAAAAUCAACAAUUCAUCGGAAAAGCUGCAGGAGACACGGGUGAAGAGCUCUGCUGAAAACAAUGAGAAGAAACAUCUCCCAGUCAAGGAGAGAGACCAGUCAACAGGCCAGUUGAUCAGACCAGAACUUACACAGGUGAGCAAACAGGAGACUGGUGGCCAGGGCAAAAGUUCCCCACUUGAGCAAGUGAAGAGUCCAACCUCCCAACAGGUGGACAGCCCAGUGAAGACUCCAACCACCCAACAGGUGAACAGCCCAGUGAAGAGUCCAACCUCCCAACAGGUGAACAGCCCAGUGAAGGGUCCAACCUCCCAACAGGUGAACAACCCAGUGAACAGCCCAACCUCCCAACAGGUGAACAGCCCAGUGAAGGGUCCAACCUCCCAACAGGUGAACAACCCAGUGAACAGCCCAACCUUUCAACAGGUGAACAGUUCAUUGAAGGGUCCAACCUCCCAACAGGUGGACAGCCCAGUGAAAAGUCCAACCUCCCAACAGGUGAACAGCCCAGUGAAGGGUCUAACCUCCCAACAGGUAAACAACCCAGUGAACAGCCCAACCUCUCAACAGGUGAACAGCUCAUUGAAGGGUCCAACCUCCCAACAGGUGGACAGCCCAGUGAAGAGUCCAACCUCCCAACAGGUGGACAGCCCAGUGAAGAGUCCAGCCUCCCAACAGAUGAACAGCUCAGUGCAUAGUCCAAUCUCUCAACAGAUGAAUACUCCAGUAAAGGGUCACACGUCCCAACAGGUGAACAGCCCAAUUAAGAGUCCCACCUCCCAACAGGUAAAUACCCCAGUCAAGAGUCACACCUCUCAACAGGUGAACAGCCCAGUGAAGAGUCCCACAUCUCAACAGGUAAAUACUCCAGUGAAGAGCCCAACCUCCCAACAGGUAAACAGCCCAGUGAAGGGUCCAACCUCCCAACAGGUGAACAACCCAGUGAACAGCCCAACCUCCCAACAGGUGAACAGCCCAGCAAAGAGUCCAACCACCCAAAAUGUGAACAGCCCAGCAAAGAGUCCAACCACCCAACAGGUAAACAGCCCAGCAAAGGGUUCAACCACCCAACAAAUGAACAGCCCAGUGAAGAGUCCAACCUCCCAACAGGUGAACAGCCCAGUGAAGAGUCCAACCUCUCAACAAAUUAACAGUCCAGUAAAGAGUCCCACAUCUCAACAGGUACAUACUCCAGUGAAGUGUCCCACCUCCCAACAGGUGAACAGCCCAGUUAAGAGUCCCACCUCCCAACAGGUGAACAGCCCAGUGAAGAGUCCCAUGUAUCAACAGGUGAAUACUCCAGUGAAAAGUCACACCUCCCAACAGAAGAACAGUCCAGUUAAGAGUCCCACCUCCCAACAGGUAAAUACCCCAGUGAUAAGUCACACCUCUCAACAGGUGAACAGCCCAGUGAAAAGUCCAACCUCUCAACAAAUCAACAGCCCAGUGAAGAGUCCAACCACCCAACAGGUGAACAGCCCAGCGAAGAGUCCAACCACCCAACAGGUGGACAGCCCAGCGAAGAGUCUAACCACCCAACAAAUGAACAGCCCAGUAAAGAGUUCCACCUCCCAACAGGUGAACAACCCAGUGAAGAGUCCAACCUCUCAACAAAUGAACAGUCCAGUGAAGAGUCCAAGCGCUCAGCAGGUGUACAGCCAGGUGAAGUGUUCAGCCUCUCAACAGGUGAACACCCCAGUGAAGAGUCCAACAACCCAACAGGUGAACAACCCAGUGAACAGCCCAACCUCUCAACAGGUGAACAGUUCAUUGAAGAGUCCCACCUCCCAACAGAUGAACAGCCCAGUGAAGAGUUCCACCCCCCAACAGAUGAACAGCCCAGUGAAGAGUCCAACCUCUCAACAAAUGAACAGUCCAGUGAAGAGUCCAAGCGCUCAGCAGGUGUACAGCCAGGUAAAGUGUUCAGCCUCUCAACAGGUGAACACCCCAGUGAAGAGUCCAACAACCCAACAGGUGAACAACCCAGUGAACAGCCCAACCUCUCAACAGGUGAACAGUUCAUUGAAGAGUCCCACCUCCCAACAGAUGAACAGCCCAGUGAAGAGUUCCACCUCCCAACAGAUGAACAGCCCAGUGAAGAGUCCAACCUCUCAACAAAUGAACAGUCCAGUGAAGAGUCCAAGCGCUCAGCAGGUGUACAGCCAGGUGAAGUGUUCAGCCUCUCAACAGGUGAACACCCCAGUGAAGAGUCCAACCACCCAACAGGUGAACAACCCAGUGAACAGCCCAACUUCUCAACAGGUGAACAGUUCAUUGAAGAGUCCCACCUCCCAACAGAUGAACAGCCCAGUGAAGAUUCCCACCACCCAACAGGUGAACAGCCCAGUGAAGAGUCCAAGCGCUCAGCAGGUGUACAGCCAGGUGAAGUGUUCAACCUCCCAACAGGUGAACAGUUUAUUUAAAACUACAACAACUCAAGAAGUGAAUAACCAAAUAAGAAGUGCAACCUUUCAGCAGGUGAACAGCCCACUGAAGACUCCACCCUCACAACAGGUGAAAAGUGCUGUGGACUGUCCAAACACUCUGCAGAUGAACAGUCAAGGGAAGGGUUCUACCUCUGAACAGGUGAACAGCCCACUAAACAUUUCAACCUUCCAGGAGGGGACCAGCCAGGUGAAAAACAACACCACCCCACAGGUGAACAGCCCAGUCAAGAGUGAGCAAGUGAAUGCCCAAAUGAGCUCGCAGGUGAAAAAAAUCAUGAUGACAUCACAGGUGACAUCAAAGAUGCCAUCACAUAGCUCCUCCCCUCUCAGCUCACAACCUCCAUCACAGGUCCCACCACCUCCCAGUGACUUGGAGUCUCUGAAGAAAAGGGGCGGGGCCAGAAAGGAACCAGCGGAAGAGUCUCAGACGAUGGAGGUCAGCCCUGUGUCUAAAGAGGUACUUGUCUCGAUUCCGAAGUUCUCUCCCAUUGCUGAAGUUCAGACUGUUGUGAACAACACACGGGCGCUGGAGGACCUGCUGGAUCUGACCGGUCAUGUCAUGUAUCCCAUAAUGCCCCGCAGCACCGCCCAUGGAGAUUGCAACAAAAACGUCAUCGAGCUGAAACAGGCAUCUAACACAGUGAACACGAGGAGCAGGAAGGAGUGAGAGGUUGAGCGAGCGACAGAGAGGAAGAGGACGCAAAAAAAGAGAAGAUGGUUCAUCGCUGGAUGAACAGACUGAGCAUUUCGCUCUAACGUUAGCCACAUUAACAUUGUCUGCUACAGCUAGUAAUAGCACCGACACACUCGCGGCUGGACUCAAUGUAAAUUAUUAUUUGUUUAUUUCUGUUUGCAUAAUGAGGACAUGUGCAGAUGCGUGUGCUGUUUGUUAGCACUGCGUAAUUCUGUGUUAGGCUUGUUCUGAUAAUCACACACACACUAACUAUUUAUCAUGAUAAUCAGUUUUAUUUAACCCGUAAACAUGCUAGUGCAACCCAAACAGAUCUGCCUAGCUAGCAUUACUUAGUUACCUAGUUAAUUAGUUAGCUAUGUUAGCUGGCAUGUUCAUCUCUAUAAGAGGUUGUAUUUUAAAAACUAUACACCAGUACGCAUUCAUGACAUCGUAGAGCGAUUAAAAAAAAACCCAACAUGCUGCUGCUGUGGUGUAUCCGCAUGCCUGGGGUGUAAAUACUUAACUGUACAGUUCUACAGGAUGUGUGUGACAUGUUUGUUAAUGAAGAAGAGGAACAUCCUUACAAAGGAGAUGCGCAUUGGAGUGUCAGAGGUUGUUAACGUCAUCAGAAGCCUAGCUUCGUGGUUAUGCUAGUACUCUAGGUUUUAUCUUUAACACACAGUAUGACUGGAAUGUAGCGCACAAUUUUAAAGCAUAGUGUAUGCGAUUAGCUAGCUGACAUCAGUGUAGGUAAGCUGCCAUGGUAGCUAGCGUUAGCGAGCCGGGUAGCUAGCUGUGUUAGCAAGCAUGCUGUUUGCCACAAGUGCUAAUUUUGCUUAAAAAGCUGGAGAUAAUACACAAUAAUAAAAAUAAAGGUUAAGCCCAUAAUGAUCAGAUUAAACAUGUAACUCUGUUAAAUUAUAAAUCUGCAGUGUUGGUGGGAUGAAACACUCGUGUGUAUGAACUGGACGUUUUGAAAGGCACAGACUGUUUGUGAUGAUCAGGGUCGCUGGUUCCACAGGCUGUGUCUCGUUAGUUUUUGUGAAGCAGGACAUGUGAUCCACUUUACACGCUGUAUUAACGACAGGGUUAGCAUUAGCGUGUGGGACAGGCCGUCAUGCUAGCGUCAGGGUCUAGCCUUACUUCAGAUCCACAAUAUUACUAUAAUGUACUAAGUAUUUAAACACUUUAUCUUAGACAGAAUUUAAACGUGUAUGAGUGCUGCUGCAAGUGAGGUUCAAACCGACACACUGGAACAGCUUUUACAUAAAACUGGAUUCUUCCUUUUUCCUUGCUGCUAGUGUAUCGAUCAUCUUACUGCACUGUACUUUCUUUAAACAAGCUGAAUGAAGCUUAAACGCUGUGUUAUGUAUAUUAAUAUGAUUAAAAAUAAGUUAAUAAAUAUUAUAAAAU